UUGACACAAAUUGCAGAAGUUUAUAGCUUUAAACUGUGUCAACUGGUGGCAUAAGGAGAGGGGUUGAGCAUGGGGGCUAAGUCCAUAUGCCAAGGGGCUCUUCUGAGCUUCUUGGUGUGCUGCUUGUUUGCUGUGAGCUGCCAUGGCGACGCCACUUCAGAUCUCAGCUCAGAAGAGAAAUUUUAUUUCAAGAAACAUCUUCCACAUGCCCCAUACUAUAAGAAACCAUUUCCACCAUUCAAGAAGCAUCUUCUACCACCAAUUCCUGUUUUCAAGAAACCACUUCCAUACAAGCAUCCUAUUUUCAAGAAGCCAUUUCCACCAAAAGUUCCAAUAUUCAAAAAGCCGCUUCCACCACCAAUUCCAAUUUUUAAGAAACCACUUCCACCACCUAUUCCAGUUUUUGAGAAGCCGCUUCCACCACCGAUUCCGGUUAUCAAGAAACCACUUCCAUACAAGCAUCCUAUUUUCAAGAAGCCAUUUCCACCAAAAAUUCCAAUUUUCAAAAAGCCAUUACCACCACCAAUUCCAAUCUUCGAGAAGCCACUUCCACCACCUAUUCCAGAAUUUAAGAAGCCGCUUCUUCCACCAAUUCCAGAUUUCAAAAAGCCAUUUCCUCACCAUCCAUUUUUCAAGAAACCACUUCUCCAUCCAAUUCCAUUUCAUAAGAAGCCAUUUGUGCCCCCACUCCCACUUCACAAACCUAUCAUCAAGAAGCCUUAUAUUCCUUAGAAAAAAGGAUUGCUUUAGUACUACUGCUGCAAUAAAUUAAGUGAUUGAAGACUGAAGAGUGGAACUAUAUAUGGUUACACCCUAAGUCGAUAGUAAUCACAAAAGUAAAUAGGUUAUACACCAUAAUCCAAACCUAUAAGCUUAUAGGUUAUGGUGUAUAACCCAUUAGAUUAUGGUGUACAACCUAAAUAGUUUAUCUAAUCCCAAUAUAUUGUAUUUGUAUCAAGAUCUCAUUUAUUGUACUUAUCUUCUCAACAAGUGAUAUCAAUCUUGAUGGUGGUUAUUGUUA